UCUAGAAAUCAUUAUUUUAUUAUUAUCGAAAAUAUGUAGCCGUUUUAUUUAAGUAUUUUACCUUAUGCAUUUGAUCUUAUCCAGCAAAUCUACCGCAUACCAUAAAAUUUUGACGUUGUAAGUUAUUUCUUUUCACGUGAUUAAACAUCAAAGAAAAAGCUAAAAAUUUUGUUAUAAAAAGAUGAAAGCCUCUUGCUUCUUCUUUUAAAUUUUGUCUUUCCGUCAGUUUUCAACUUUUUACCAUAACUAUCUAAAUCCUAGUAUUACUCUUGGGUUGUAUGACCACACUUCUAGAAAGAAACUUCACUUCGAUUACCUAUACUCAAAUUCCAAUUACCUUUACUAUUCAUAAUGUAUGUUUUAAAUAUUCUAACAUUAACGUCACAUGGUUUAUGUUGCAAUUGGUUGAACCAAGAGAAUAGAUUUAUAAGGUUGCAAAGAAAUGAUGUCAUCCAUUCUACAUUUUUCUGUAUAAUAUGCAUAUUAUAGUAACUGACUUUUGUUCAUCAUCUGUAAUUUACUAUAUAUUCAUAAUUCGGUAUACAAGUAUAACAUGAAGGUUUCAUUAUCUUCUGAGGUAUAGUUUCAUUCAACUAAAGAGUUUAGCUCAAAACUGUAGCGUUAAAUAAGUAAGUGAUUCAAUUUUCAACUUAAUAAUCUAAAAAAAUUAUUAUAAAUUAUUGUAAUAUUGGGAUCAAACGAAUGGAUUUUCUGAGAUGGAAAGCUGAUUAUAAACUAGUGGGAAUGUUGAUGAACAGAAAAUUCUAUUUCCAAAAAUCAAAUCAUCUAUCACAAAUCAAAGCAGAUUGCGCACAAUUGUAUUCGUUUUAUUAUAGGGUAAAGUUACAAACAAUCAAUUCUAUUUAUAGGUGAAGUAUAGUUACAUACAGAAAGAAAAAUAAAACAAAGUCAUCAUUGAAAAACGAAUACAUGUUGGUGUGGAGGUAUGAAUUAGCGAAUCUUCUUAUGGAGUUUUAAAUGAUAAAUGUUUGAUUAGGAUGUAGAGUUAUGAAUUUUAGCACCGCCUCUCUCACAUUUAUCAGUCGGUAGUUAUCUCCAUGAUGUACUCAUGUACGGUGGAUAACAUUAUUGAUGCUAAUCAAAAGCGAUAAAUAAAUAAAUAAUAUAAUGAGUAGAAAAGUGUUAAAUGUAAACAUAUAUUUGUUAUUAACUCCUAAUUUUUGACAUAUCACAAUUAUUAGCAUUAAUGUUGUUAUUAUUAUCACUGCUAUUUGUUUAGCUACUGUAAGAACAGGCAGAAUUUAUAAGGAAAUGAAACGAUUAGGAUCAAGACAUCAAAAUCUCUGUGAACAUUCAACUAUUAAUCGUUCUUUUCCCAAUCGUAACAACUAUCCGAUUCCAGAAGAUCUUCAAAGAAACAAAAUGAAAAGAGCAACACAUGAGAUAAACUCUCAUGGAUUUAGUGAUAAAUUUAAAAAACACAGUAUUCUAUCGACGCGAUUUUCACCACCAAUGUUGAUUCGAGAAGAACUGGUCCCUAUUACAUCAGAGACAGUAAAUAUCACAAACAAUCCCACCAAAUCAUUAAAAAUUCCUCGAUCGACUCAAAAGACAAAUGACAGGUCAUCUCCGACUGAAAGCUCAAUAAAAUCUUUCAGUUCAAUUAGCGAUACAAGUGGGAUAGGAUUUUCACCAUAUGAAUCAACUUAUUUACUAUCUUCAAUUAAUGAGGCUUAUGCAAAAUUAUUGGCAAGGCAAGCAUAUUUGGAUAAAAUGACAUUUAAUGCAACAACUACUUCAAAUAAUACAAAUUUGUUGACCAAUAUUGCAAUAAAUACUCCUGGUUUCGCAACGACUAUCCCCCAAAAUGUUGGUAGUACAGAAAGGAGUAAGAUUACGAAUUCAAUGAAUCCUAGUACACAAAUGAGGGACAAUUACAUUCCACACUCCUUGGGGACGUUUUCACCUGUGUCGUUAUUCUCGACAUUAUUACAUUGCAAUAAUAUUGACAGUCGAAUUAGUUCAAAUUUUAUCCGCAUUAAACAUCAACAAGAUGUUGAUUACACUACUACCGCAUAUCCGUCUAUGUUGAACUUAGAAGCUGCCAGACAUAAUAUAAAUUCAGUGAAGACUCCUUUCCAACUACAGGAAGCGCAUGACACCGUUACUCCUGUUCGAAUUAAUUAUUUAGAUACAUCUGGUGGUAGCAAUAUUAGCAAUAACUCUCAAACGGAUAGUGCACAAAAUCACUUAGACUGUCUUCGGAGCGUACCACAAAAUAGUGCAUCAUGUGAUAGACCUUGCCAGUCAAAUGACUCAUCCUCUUCAUUAUUGUCAGCAUUUUUACAUUCAAAUAUGACUUCUGAGUUAAACCCAACAAAACUGAACAUAAAUGAAGGUAAAGCUAAUGUACAACCAGGUUAUUCAAAAUGGGAAGAAUUUGAUUAUCGUCAUUAUUAUAAUGCAUUUGCAACAUUUCUUUCAGGAAUGUUAAACAUGUCAGGUAUAAAUUCCAAUUGUUUGGGAACUAAAAAACUGAAUGAAACUACUUGUGUUAAUGAUAAUUUCCGAAAUAUAAAUUCUAGUUUCGACAAAACGAAAUGGAAUCGACAUGUUCUUAAUAAUAAAAAGAACAUUACGUCAUGUUUAAACAAUGACUCUACAGAUAUGGACUCAACAUUGAACCAAACACCCGAUAAGAAUGACUCAUCAAAUCAUGUGCUAAGUAUAGAACACUUGUUAGAUUUAAAUACACGCGGUACUACAAACAAUGAUACAAGUCGUAGUAAACAUGACAACAAGCAUAUGUCAGCAGAUGAAUGUAGUCCUGAUUAUUCAAAUUUCAUGAGUACCCCCAAUAAUAAGCAUAAUUAUGUAAAUUAUUUUCCUCAAACUGUACCAGAUCCAUUGCUGAUUAAAUCAAUUUUGGCUCGUCAUUUAAUCGAAAAUAAAUCGUUCAGAGUUUGAAAUUAAUUUAUUACAUUUGUAGAAGGUUAAAAUAGUGAAUUUAGGAGGCAGCACAAGUGAUCUUCAUCUGUUUUCAUCAUAAUUAAUUAUGGCAUGUAGAGACUAUGUAAACAUACACAAGCAUAUACAAACUUUUACGAUAUUGUAUUACGCUAACAUUUUACCUCAUAUUUAUAUAUAUAAAUGAAGAUUUAUUGUAUUCCUCAAAUUCACGUACACAGUAAUAAAGCUAUUUGUUAUCUCCUUUA